AUGUCUGAAGUUCGAGAUGGGAACGCAGGUCAACAAGACUUGGAUGCCUUGGAGCGAAGCGAGAAGCCAUCUGGAGAUGAAGUUAGGCCUGAUCAGAAGUCAGAGCAACAGGUUGAUGAGAACUUAGUGACGUGGGAUACACCCGAGGACCCAAAGAACCCAAAGAAUUGGACCAUGAAGAAGAAAUGGACUGCGCUCAUCUGUGUCUCCUUAUUCACGUUUAUCUCUCCUCUCACAUCUACCAUGGUCGCGCCGGCACUCGCCUCCAUCGGCGAAACUCUUCAUAUUGACUCAUCUCUCGAACUCGCCCUCACCCUCUCCAUCUUCGUAGCCGCCUACGCAGUCGGCCCACUCUUCUGGGGCCCAAUCUCAGAGCUUCGAGGCCGAGUCAUUGUCUUGCAAGUCUCCAACCUACGGUUCCUUUGCUUUAAUCUCGGCUGUGCCCUGUCUCAGAACAAGAGCAGCAUGGUCGCCUUCCGUUUCUUGGCAGGCUUUGGGGGCUCUGCUCCGUUGGCGGUGGGGAGUGGGACCAUCUCGGACAUGUUCCAGCCAGAAGAGCGAGGAAGGGCUAUCUCUGUGUACUCUGUGGCUCCUCUGCUUGGACCGGCUCUUGGACCUAUAGGAGGAGGGUGGAUUGCAGAGAGAACAACCUGGCGUUGGGUGUUCUACUCCACGACUAUCGCAUGUGGCUUCGUCCAAGUCGCGGCUCUGCUUUUCCUGAAAGAAACAUAUGCGCCAGUGAUACUUGAGCGGAAGAAGAAGCAUUUGAUCAAAGAGACAGGGAACACGGAGCUAUACACAGCAUACGACCACCCAGAUAGGACAUUCUCAAGAACACUUCGAAUCGUCUUAACUCGCCCAUUCCGCCUUCUCUUCACCCAACCCAUCGUCAUGUUCCUCGCUGCCUACAUGACCUACCUCUACGGAACCAUGUACCUUGUCUUGAGUACCUUCUCGGGCCUAUUCGAAAAGUUAUAUCACGAAACCCCCGGCUACCAAGGGCUGAACUAUAUCUCCCUCGCAUUAGGCCUCUUCAUCGGCACACACAUCUGCGCGCGCUCCCAAGAUCGCAUCUAUAGAGCUCUCAAGCGUCAACGCUGCAAGGAAGGCCAGCCAGGACGCCCAGAGUUCCGCGUACCAAUGAUGGUCCCCGGCGCGAUACUAAUUCCUAUCGGCUUGUUGAUAUACUCUUGGACAGCGGAGAGCAAAACACACUGGAUCGGCCCCAACAUUGGCGCAUGCAUCUACACCACAGGGCUUAUCAUGGGAUACCAGUGUAUACAGGGAUACUUGGUUGAUUCAUAUGCGCAGUAUGCUGCUUCAGCGGUGGCGGCCGCCACGGUGACGAGAAGCCUGGCGGGAUUUGGGUUUCCUUUAUUUGCGGCAGAUAUGUAUGAUAGUUUGGGGUAUGGAUGGGGAGGGACGUUACUUGCUGAAGUGGCGAUUCUGCUGGGGUGGCCGGCGCCUGUGACAUUGUGGUUAUAUGGGGCCAAGAUGAGCGCGAAGAGUAAGUUUGCGAGGUGA